AUGUACCAUCCUGCACGUGCUGGCCUUCUUGCCCGGGAGCUGCACAAACUGAACGUGCAUGUGGCCGCCAUCCAGGAAGUUCGAUGGCCCGGUCAUGGAGAGCGAGAAUUCACGGCGGUGGACCCCAUCGCCAACACCUCUUUCAAGUACCACAUCUACUACAGUGGCGGCGAAAAGGCGAUGCACGGAGUCGGGUUCGUAGUGAUUGAGGAUCAGAAGAACCGAGUCAUCAAGUGGAAGGUGGUGAAUAACCGGAUCUGCGUGUUGAGAAUAAAGGGCAAAUUCUUCAACUACAGCCUGAUCAACAUCUACGCGCCGACGAACGACAAGCCCGAUGACGAUAAAGACGCUUUCUACGAGCGUCUCGACAAGACCUAUGGAGAGUGCCCAAGACACGACGUGAAGAUAGUCAUCAGAGACGCAAACGCGCAGGUCGGAAGGGAAGCCUUCUUCCAUCCUGUCAUCGGCAAGGAGAGCCUUCAUCCUCGCACGAAUGACAACGGCCUACGUUUGGUCAAUUUCGCCGCAGCCAGAGGAAUGGCUAUCUGUAGCACCUUCUUUGCGCGCAUGAACAUUCGGAAGCACACCUGGAGACAUCCGAAUGGCGAAUCAGGACCGAACAUCGACUCUGAUCACUUCCUGGUUGCGUGCAAGAUCCGAACUAGGCUGUCGAACGUGUCGACCCCGCGGACUGCGAGGAUAGCGCGGUUUAACGUCCAGCGCCUCGCGAGCAGCGACUUUGCUGCAGAGUACAGUCGGAAGCUCGACGAGCGGAUCAACGAGGACGCGCCUACGGGUAACCUGGACGAGCAAUGGGGAGCCCUCCAUAGCAUCGUCAACACAACGGCUACCGAAGUGAUCGGCACGACCAGAGGACGCAAACCCAAAGGGUGGUUCGAUGCGGAGUGCCAGCGAGUGACGGACGAGAAGAACGAGGCCAGGAAGCGUAUGCUCGUUAAGAGUACGCGCCGAAACUGUGAGCGAUAUAGUGAGUUGCGAAGAGCAGAGAAACGAAUCCACCGCCGAAAAGAACGGGAGUACGACGAGAGAGUACUUGCCGAAGCUCAAGCACAGUACAACGCGAACGAUAAGCGGAGGUUUUACGCAACUGUCAACGGUGACGGACUUCCGGCCGAACUUUUCAAGCACGGGAGUACGCGGAUGACCGAGAUUCUGCACCAAAUCAUCCUACGCAUUUGGUGUGAAGAACAGCUUCCGAACGAGUGGUUAGACGGGCUCAUCACCCCAAUCUACAAGAAAGGGCAAAGACUCGAUUGUGCCAACUAUCGAGGCAUCACAAUCCUCAACGCAGCGUACAAAGUACUCUCCCGCAUCCUGUGGAGCAAGCUGAGACCGAUGACCGAGACCUUUGUUCACUUCAAUUCAAUUCAAUUCAGUUUUAUUGGUGAAUAA